AUGAGUUCUCUGCUUCUCAGCCGUCUCUCGAGGCUCCGUCUGAGGAAACCACCUGCGCUAGGAGUUUUUUUUUUUCUGGCAGAACAUAGCAAUGAUAGACAAGAGUUUCUUAAGCUCUGCAAGAGAAUUGAAUACACUGUCCGAGCUUGGUAUAAUCUUCAGUUUGAAGAUUUGAUGCAACUCUACUCUCUUUUUGAUCCUGUACACGGUGCUCAGAAACUCCAGCAGCAGAACCUAACUUCUCAGGAAAUUGAUGUGCUUGAACAGAAUUUCCUGGCUUACUUGUUUCAGGUUAUGGACAAGAGCAACUUUAAAAUAACAACAGAUGAUGAGAUCGAGGUUGCACGCUCUGGGCAGUAUCUUCUUAAUCUUCCCAUCAAAGUUGACGAGUCAAAGCUUGACAAGAAGCUACUCAAGAGAUAUUUUGAGGAGCACCCACAUGAAAAUCUUCCAGACUUUUCUGAUAAUUAUGUCAUCUUCAGGCGGGGUAUUGGGAUGGAUAAGACCACCGACUUCUUUUUCAUGGAGAAAUUAGAUGUGAUCAUAUCACGUAUUUGGUCAUGUUUCCUGAAAAUCACUUGGUUAGAUAAGUUACGUGCCAAUCGGUCAAGCAGACAUCAAAAGAAAGAUCCCAAAAAAGAUGAUGAGACAAACCCUGAAGCAGAUAAUGAGGACUUGUAUGUGGAGCGUAUUCGCCUUGAGAAUACACAAUUGAGCGUUAAGAGUUUCUUGAGCAAGCUCACGAUACAAGAGCCUACAUUUGAUAGAAUGAUUGUUGUGUAUAGGCGUGCCAGCUCUAAAACAAAUCUAGAACGAGGAAUUUACGUCAAGCAUUUCAAAAACAUUCCUAUGGCCGACAUGGAGAUUGUGCUUCCUGAGAAAAGAAAUCCUGGACUGACUCCAAUGGAUUGGGUCAAAUUUCUGAUAUCUGCCGUAGUUGGUCUGGUUGCCGUGGUCACUUCAGUUGAGAUGCCGAAAGCAGACCCAUGGGUAAUCUUUGCAGUUCUCUCCACAGUGGUUGGUUAUUGUGCCAAAACAUACUUCACUUUAAGUCAGAAGAUGGCGACGUACCAGAACCUGGUAACGCAGUCAAUGUAUGAUAAACAAUUAGACAGCGGGAAGGGAACGCUAUUACACUUGUGCGAUGACGUUAUUCAGCAAGAAGUAAAAGAGGUGAUGAUUUCCUUCUACAUACUAAUGGAGCAGGGGAAAGCUACCUUGGAGGAUCUGGAUCUGAGAUGUGAGGAACUGAUAAAGGAAGAGUUUGGUGAGAGGUGUAACUUUGAUGUGGACGAUGCAGUUCAAAAGCUAGAGAAGUUGGGGAUCGUUGCCCGUGACCCCAUUGGAAGGUACUACUGCAUAGGGCUGAAGCGAGCCAACGAGAUCAUAGGGACCACCACCGAGGAGCUUGUCCUUAAGGCCAAACAGGGCGUCACCCCUUCUUGAACUCUUACUACCUUCUCUUCUCUUCUUUAACAUUUGUUCUCUACUCAUUUCGCUAAAACUCAAAGUGACGAAUGUUUUGUCGGUUGUUUACAAAAUCCAAAUGCAACAAAUCAAUUCACCGUAAAUAAUUGUCUGAUAUGAACGCAUGCAAUAUACAAUAUUGAACUAUA